AUGUUCGGUAUUUUGGCGGCCGUCACGGUCCCAAAUGCUGGCGUCUACGCUACGCUCGAUGACCUGCUAGGCGACCUCACCAACCGCACGCAGAAAGACGGCUACAAGAUUGUCAAGCUCCGGUCGCAUCGGAGCCGGCCUGGCGAGCCCGUCAUGCGCGUCGAUCUCUGUUGCGAAAGGGGCGGUCAGCCGUACAAGUGCGCCGCGACAAAGCACAAGACGUCGACGAAGAAGACGGACUGCCCGUGGAAGGCCAAGGCCGUCGACCGCAAAACCGUGGGUGGCUGGGUCCUGACAGUCAUCUGCGAUCAACACAACCACGAACCAGGGACGCCGGAGCCGCCUACCCCUUCGCAAGGCAGCGAGGCCGAGGACAAUGAUGCCGAAGAAGACACGCCUGCUGAGGGCCCUCAGCCCGAUCCCGAGACUGCGGCGGCACUCCAGGUCGCCGGCGUCUCUGACUCUCUUUUACGUCUCAGCGGCGACACCUUCCACAAGUUCAAGAACGACUAUCGAAAGAUGUCACAGCCUGACCGCAUAGGCAUGCUCGCCCAGCUGCAGCUACGGAUCGCCGCCAUUUAUGCCCUCCAGAACGAAGACUUACAGCGGCAAAAGCGACAAGAAGCUCAGGACAGGCGACACCAGGAGAUUGAGGAGAGCAGGAGGCGAACAGAGGCGCAGAACGAGGAGAGUAUGAGACGAAUCGCAUCGCAAAACGAAGAGCGGACAAGUCGACAGCGCAACCCGCCGCCCAGCGCGCAGGCUGGCGCGCAACUCAUGUUCCACAACGCCAAUGCCCGGCAAACUCGCAUGCUGCAGAGGCGGUCCCGCGGGCAGCAGCAACCCCAGAACAAUUCCCGGCAAUAUGCUCAGAUAGCACCGACUCCAGCUCCUCCCCAACCACAGUUUGAGCCCAUUCCUUCAGAGACAGACGCGGCUCCUGCGACGACUGUUACACCUGUGCCGUACCCUCUCAACGUUAGGUAUAGGGUCUACCCGGGUCCUCCCAAGCGGAUCCGCGGGGGCCGGCAGUCGCAAGGCGGCAUGGCUGGGCAACGGGCGCAGCAGACAGCGCAGCAGACAGCGCAGCAGAGCGGCCAUCCAAACGCAUCCGGCCCUCAGCAAACACCGCAGCAGUCUUCUCAAUCGACACCGUCCAUCGAGUCGAGCUCGUAG